AGCGGUUACAGACAGGCGGCGCUCCCUCUGCUUUCGGGUCGAUUUUGCCGUCUGUUUGUCCUUGCUGGUUAGAAAACGUUCAAGAAAUAGCAUGCAUUCAAAUCUGUGGAUUAGGUUAAUCCCGGCACUCAGGGCCUCUACGCUGCAGAGGUCUGCGUGCACUGGCAUUUCUGUUCCUGGCAUCCAUACGUCGCAUCAUCGAAAUUACUCCAGCAGCACGGAAGAACAUGACCUAGUUGUAAUUGGCAGUGGACCAGGAGGCUAUGUGGCUGCCAUCAAAGCAUCACAAUUGGGACUCAAGACGGCAUGCAUAGAGAAAAACGACACACUGGGAGGUACCUGCCUCAAUGUUGGCUGCAUUCCUUCCAAAGCGCUGUUGCACAACUCUCAUCUUUAUCACAUGGCCCAUUCGAGCGACUUCAAGAACAGAGGCAUUGAAGUCGACAAUGUUCGUCUCAACUUGGACCAGCUCAUGAACCAGAAGAGUGCUUCAGUGAAAGCUUUAACUGGAGGAAUCGCACAUCUUUUCAAGCAGAACAAGGUUACCCACAUUCAAGGUCAUGGCAAGAUUACUGGCAAAAAUGAAGUCACCGCUUUGAAACGGGAUGGCACCAGUGAAGUGGUCAAGACCAAAAACAUCCUCAUCGCCACAGGAUCUGAAGUGACCCCUUUUCCAGGAAUUGAGGUUGACGAGGAGACAGUAGUAAGCUCCACGGGCGCACUAAGCCUCAAGCGAGUACCACAGAAGAUGAUAGUAAUCGGCGCUGGAGUUAUUGGCCUAGAGCUGGGCUCUGUGUGGUCCCGCCUGGGGGCUCAGGUGACGGCGGUGGAGUUCCUGGGCCACGUGGGCGGCAUGGGCAUCGACAUGGAGAUCUCCAAGAACUUCCAGCGUAUCCUGACCAAGCAGGGGCUCAAGUUCAAGCUGGCCACCAAGGUCACUGGGGCCACCCGCUCCGGGGGCAGCAUCACUGUCAACCUGGAGGACGUCAAGGACUCCUCCAAGAAGGAGCAGCUGGACUGUGAUGUGCUACUGGUGUGCGUCGGCCGAAGGCCCUACACCGAGAACCUUGGUCUGGAAGAGAUGGGCAUCAAGAAGGACGAGCGGGGUCGCAUCUUGGUCAACUCACGCUUCCAGACAGGAGUGCCCAACAUCUAUGCCAUCGGCGACUGUGUUCCAGGCCCAAUGCUGGCACACAAGGCUGAAGAUGAAGGCAUUGUGUGCGUCGAAGGCAUAGUAGGAGGCCCGGUGCACAUUGACUACAACUGCGUUCCCUCUGUCAUCUACACCCAUCCGGAGGUGGCCUGGAUUGGCAAGUCUGAGGAAGACCUGAAGUCUCAGGGGGUCGAGUACAAGGUGGGCAAGUUCCCGUUGGCAGCCAACAGCCGAGCCAAGACGAACAAUGAGACGGACGGCGUAGUCAAAGUACUGGGCGACAAGCAGACAGACAGGAUACUGGGUGUUCACAUGAUUGGAUCGGGUGCCGGGGAGAUCAUCAACGAGGCUGCUCUUGCACUGGAGUAUGGUGCUUCCUGCGAGGACGUUGCCAGGGUUUGCCACGCCCACCCGACCGUUUCGGAAGCUUUCCGAGAAGCUAAUCUGGCGGCAUACUUUGGCAAGGCUAUCAACUUUUGACUUGCUGUUUGAAAGUACCAAAGCUAACGAACUCACUUGCAUCCAUUUUUUUUUUUUUUCCAACAAUGUGGUUCAAAGAACACAAGUACAGAGAUAUAGAAGCCAGUGUGCAAUGUAUAGGUGCAGAUGUGCUCUUGAACAGAGCUGUUCUUUUUUGAUGUAAUAAAGAAGUUUUAAAACUC